GACCUCCACCAUGUUUACGAGCACCACAUCAUUGCCACACAACUUACUUUCUCCAUCGCCUCGUCGUCACUCUUUACGACUGCGCAUUUCCAACGGCAACCCCGUUCCGCUGGUCUGCGGACUCAAUCCGAGCUGCUAAAGCCUCCUCGCCGCAGCUUCGCUCGCUCCGCAAGCAGGAUUCGAUUGCUGCGCUGCGUCACCAUGUCCGAUUUACAAGAGCUUCUUGCUCGUCUCAACAGCCACGCCGGUGCGCCUGCCCCAGUUGCUCCUGUUGCUGCUUCUGGCAACCGCGCCAGCUUCCAAGCCAGCGUCUCGUCGCCCAUAUUCACCCCAUCCCCACAUGGUGCCGAACCGCGUCACCCAUCUGCCGUCUUGUCGCCCAAUACGUCUGCUGCUGGCACGCCAACGCGUGAGCAGCCCGGUCCCGCCCACUCAACCCCCCAGCAACAACAGCAGUCCGCACAACUGCUCAGCCUGCUUCGCUUCAAUACUCAGCGGCCCAGCUCCAAGCCAUAUGUUCCAGCACAUGAGCGUCAGCCGCAUACGGCAAGCACAGUUAGUGAUGCAAAUGGCCAGCCGCGGCAAAUCUCCAUCUCUGAGUUCUCUGCGAGCUUGAUGGGCGCCAUGUCUCCCCCAGCACCGCAAGCUGCACCCGCGGCGUCCAUGCCUGCCACGAGGUCGGAGCAAGCCACAGGGCCUUCGGGAAGUUCGCAGGAUUUGCUGCUUCGACUCCUCAAUCACCAGAAACCGUCUCAGACAGGGUCAUCCGGUCCUUUCAAUGCCCCCUCGACUGCUUCUCCACAAGUGCCAGAAACGGCCGUGGAGGCCAGGCCUGAGGACAAGCCGGCUGACGCAAUUGUCGAGCCGGGUCCUUCAGAGACACCUAGAGUGCCCUCCGUCAACUCUCCAAUGCGUGUCUUUGGCUCCGAGGAACCGACGCAGACCAGCUCGUUCCAACCAGCAGCGCCCACCAAACCCCUAUUCACGUACAUCAAUCCCUUCGACCAGCUCGAGGCCGCGAGCCCUCGUCGCACGCCGGUGCUUCGUGGAGGGAAUACCGGAGGACCUCCUGAAGUUGCGGGGAAGAAGGAAGUCUUGAAGCCGAAGCAUGCCCUGGAGGGCUCGUCCAAUGCUAGCGAUGAGGACAAGGGACUUCCGCACAAGUCACGCAAACUCUCAGAGGAAUCUACACAGACGCCUCAGACUGUUGCCGAGGCAGUGACUAGCCUUGGGCCACAGGUCAAACAGCAGGUCGAGGCGGCUCUCGCCAAGGCGGAGACGGUUUCUGAAGCCCUGGCUUCCAAGGGACCGGACCAGGCAUCUCCGGAAGCGACCAAACAACAAGUGGAAGCAUCCCAUGAGCCAGCUGCUGAAGCCCAGACAAAUGGCAGAGCAACCGAGGAUAAGGCAACGAUCGGCAAAGACUUGGUGAAAGAGCCCAAGGAGCAAGGUGCCCAAGAAUCUGCCACAGAGGAAAUCGCCGACAACUGGGAGGCUGCCGAGACGGACGCGAGUGCUGCAAAAGAGAAUGACCAGACGGUAACAGUCUUCAUGCUCCCAAUGCAGCCCUGGGUGUCCAUUACUCUGGAGAACCUGCCGCAGCGUCGCGCGACCCUUGACGCCGCCGUUAUCAUGGACAUCGCCCGUCUGAAGAAGGGGUUUGAUCAGAUUGACCGCUCGCUGGUAGCGGCGUCGAAGAACUUCAUCGUUUACGCUCUCGUCACGAAGGGAGGCUUCAGAAUCAUCAGGCAAGAUGACGGCAGAUUUCGCCAAUUCUUUGAGAGCCACAAUGAAAGGAUUUUCAACAUUUCCAUCUGCACUCCAGCCAACGAUUCACCAGAUGCGGUCGAGAGCAUUCUCGGCAUAGGCGUCAAUGGAUCUGUGUUCUGGACGUCUCUGGACCCAACCAGAGAAGAUCAUUUUAGCGACUAUUUGGAUACUCACGGAAUCGUCCUCCCUCCCUCGCCCACGCAAGAUGAUAACACAUCUGGUGGUCAACUCAAGACACGUGCGAAGCCUUCUUCCCGGCAUCCCGAGUAUUUUGCUGUUGGUCGAGGAAAGUCGAUUCACAUCAUUUGGCCCAAGGUUGCCGCUGAGUACGUCCGAGGUAGGGGCAUCUGCCAGACGGACAAGUAUCUGAAGGAACGCUCGCUCCGAAUCCAUACCGGCAAGGCCGGCAAGGACUUCGCAUUCAGCGAGGAUGACACAGUCAUUGUCUCUCUAGAUAAGGCUGGAAGGAUGCGCUUCUGGGACAUCCGUCCGCUCACGCAUCCUGAGCUGGGGCUUCCGGCGACGCCGCCUCGCCAGAUUCAAGUUUCGGAAACGCUUCUUGAAUUCCACACGACAUCACCUGCCGCAAAGUCAUGGCCAACAUCGGUUUUCUUCUUCGACAAGCUGGCCCCCUCUACGCGGGGCAUCGCUUUGAGAUAUUGCAUGGUCGGCAUGAAGCAGAACCAUACUUUCCAGCUGUGGGAUCUGGGCUUGGGCAAGGCUGUCCAGGAGAUCAACCUACCUCAUGAGAAGGAGUCUGAUGCCAUCUGCAGCGUUGCCUUCCACCCGAAGACCGGCAUCAUGGCCGUCGCCCAUCCCACUCGUAAUUCCAUCUUCUUCAUCCACGUGUCGUGUCCGCGGUACAACCUCCCGAGCAUGAGCCAGGCAGCGUACCUUGAGCGCCUAGCUUCCAAGAACGACCGCAGUCAACCCCCGCUGCCGCCUGUCACUGCCACGGCCAUCAUGGGGAGCUUCUCCGAGUAUUCAUUUGCUCCUAAGGGGCAACUUCGAAGCAUAUACAUGCUAAACGAGCCGAUUGGACCGGAGGACCCAGAAAAUGGCGACAACAAUGCCCUCUUUGACCUCUACGUGAUGCACUCCAAGGGAGUAUGCACCAUUGCAGUGCGGCGUAGCGAUCUGGGCUGGAGGAAGGAGAGCCAACCAUACAAGCCGGUCAAGGCGAGCGAGGCGGGCAUCAUUGCCGUCUCGCCCCUCAAGCAUGUAACCCCCAGCCAAGAGGAAUCAUCCAAUGGCGACACGUCUGCGGCCAAGUCGACCUCGGAGCGAUCUGCGCGCGAAGCAAUCAAGAAGGAGAGCAGCAGCAUUUCGAGGCAGUCCAUGACACCCGAAGCUGCCAUGCGUGCUUCCACUCUUGCAAAGGUGGAGAGCAAGCAGGAUGCGGCUCGCGCUGCUAUUAUCAGUGGAGGUGAAAAGGCCGACAAGAAGAGAAAGAAGCGCGCGGCCGCGGAGUCUGCCACCUCGGCGUCUUCCAACGCACGUGCAGCAACCGGAUCGUAUGCACAAGCUGCGCAGACUACGCCCCCUUCCAAGUCACCUGUCCCGCCUGAACCAACCGACGCUUCCACUAGUGCUCCCAUGUCAGAUGUCUUGGAGCGACUUGAGAAGCUCAUCGUCAGCCAGCGAGCCGCCCAAGCCCCGUCAACCGCGCCUUCUGCGGCCGAGUUUGACGCAAGCAAGAUUGCUGAGCUGGUCAAGGCCGAGGUCACUCGAGGGCUUUCAACGGAGAUGGGGACGUUGUACAAGCGUCUCGACGAUGACAGGCGCGCCCAAAAGGCUGCUAGCGGGGCGAAUCAAGAUGCACUGCUCCGCGUCGUCGCUAGUACCUUGAGAGAAAACGUGGAAGGCGUGAUCCGCGCCAUGGUAGAGGACAACAUGCGCAACGUGUUGCUCCCAAAGUUGCUCGAGGAGACUUCCACUGCUCUGAACAAGGCCAUCUCCAGCAACUUAAAGACGAUGGUGAAUGCCCAGCUGGCCAAGGACAUUCCCGAGUCGGUUUCCAAAGCCUUGAAGACACCUGUGGUCAUGCAAGCAUUUUCCGACAGUGUGAUAAAGCGGGCUGUUGAAGCCAGCUUCGCUUCCACUGGCUCUCUGGUUCAGAAUGCUACAUCUGCCCUCUCGUCUAGCUUGGAGCAGAAGAUCGGCGACCAGCUUCGUCAAGCACAGGCUCAGCGCCAGGCCGAUGCUGCCAAGAUUACCCAGCUUAGCGAUGCCGUACAACAACUGAGCGAUACUGUCCGGUCCAUGGCCGGUGCACAAGCGGAAAUGCUGGAUCGACUUGCAAAGCUUCAACAGCAACCUGUUCAGGAGCCCAGGUCGGGUGCAGCUGUCCAACCGCCGAGCGCAUCGCGUGCUCCGGUGCAGCCUCCGCACAAGACUGCGGCCCAGCUCGAGGACGAAACCAUUGCGCGCCUCUUGUCUGAAGGCAAUUUCGAGGAGGGUACCAUGAAGUGGCUGCAGUCAGGCCGCCCGUCCGAGGUGUUUGCUUCCGUUUUUGCCAAUUACAGCCCUGCCUACCUGAGCCGGGUCCCGCCGCUGCUCAACUUGUCCGCUGGUGCUGUGGUCACGGAGGACUUUGAGGACCAUCCCAUGGAGCGUCUUGAAUGGCUCGAAGCCGUCUUGCAGAAUGUCGAUCCACUGCAUCCCGAAAUCGUCGACAUUGUACCCAAGAUCAUGGAGGUCAUGAAGGGGCGCUUGACCUCGGUCUACAUUCGCCUCAAUGAGACUUCACCGAACAACCCGCUCCUUCGCCGCAUCUCCGCCCUGGUCAACGUGGCCAACCAGUUGUCCAAUGCAGCAAUGGGCCAAGGUCGGCGUGGCUAGCCUUAGAUGUCUUGUUCGCGCCGUUGUCUUAACUCGGCACAGAGUCGUGCGACUGAAAAUGUCCGCGUCUUCUACGUGCUCAGAUAGUUACGGCGGUUGCUCAAUUUCCACUUUCGCAACAGCCUAGGGUUUCCUAUCACAUGUACACUUGUCUUUUCAUCACGGUAGAGUAAGGUCUCACG